AUGCAGGACAAUCCGGAGCUGCCCUCGCUUGCCCUGAAUCUCAACUUCAGCCUUGAGUCACCCCAGCAGCGUUGGCGAGAUAUCUUGGCACAGUCCAACAAGGAAAUGCUGCAAGAGCUGCUGGCAUCGGCAAAUGGAACGGAUUCCAGGACCAUCGAAGAGAUUGCGCUGAGCGUUGCCGACCGCAUCCUUGCCAGCGAGCCUGCGCAAAGCCUGCUGGAAGUGGACGCUGCCUUGAGCCCUCUGAUGAAACCGGUGCCGACCGAUGACCUGCUCAAAGGUCCGCAGUUGGAGGACAUCCAGGUCACGGGCUGGCACAUUUGGAGUGGCAAGGUCAAAGAUGCGAAACAAGCAGCAGAGGAGCUGCGCAAGUCAUCAAAGCAGCUUUCUCCCCACAGUUCAAUGUCAAGGAGGUCAAUGAGCCAGGACUUCGAGAUGCGGGACUUUGACCAUCGCAUGCCGGAGCAAGUGAGUGGCUCCUCUGAUGACGGUGAGAUUUGCCGGAACAGGAUGCACGCUGGACUGGAGCUACGCACCACCACGCAGCAAUAUACAUGGAUGCGCUGGGAUGGUAAGCCGAGAGCUGUGCUGCUCGUGGCAAAGCAAGGCGAUCCUCAGGUGACAAGGAAGCUGAGAGACAUAGCCUCGUGGAUAGAUUCUCAAGGCUGUCACGUUGUGCUGGAGCCCGAACUCUGGGACGAGGUGCAGGGCAGGAGCCCUGGAAUAAAACCGGAGCCCUCACCACGAAAAGUUUGUUGGUGUGCCGGCCCAUGCGAUUGCCGAAGACUCGUCAGCAAAGUGAAGCGCGACGAGAUGAGCUUCGCUCCGAAGUGGCAGUGGGGCACCUCCGAGGGGCUUCCACCCGGCUUUGCACAGCGUUGCCGCACCUGGACACCCAAGCAAGACAAGCUCGAGGAGCACAUUGACUUGGUGAUUUCUUUGGGAGGUGAUGGGACUUUGUGCUGGACCUCUGGCCUCUUUUCCGGUGCUAUGCCACCAAUCAUUGCAUUCGCAGCCGGGUCGCUGGGUUUCUUGACGCCCUUUCCGCUCUCGGACUGGAUGAGCGUCCUGAUGCCCAUCCUGGGAACGAAGAGCGAGGUUGCCCCGCCACUGCAGCUGGUUUGCAGAAUGCGUUUCCAGAUGCGUCUGUACCGGCACGAAGAGGACGAUCCUGAAAAUUCACCUGCCAUCCCAGUUCAGUCCAUGAACGAGGUUCUCGUGCAUAGAGGAGCGUCGCCACACUUGGUGAAACUGGAUGUGUGUGUCAACGACAAGAGCGUAACGAUGGUGCAAGGGGAUGGCCUUAUCAUGGCGACGCCCACCGGAAGCACUGCCUACUCCUUGGCAGCAGGAGGUUCCAUGAUGCAUCCGGCUGUGCCUGGCAUCAUCCUGACUCCAGUCUGUCCACAUUCCUUGUCCUUCCGACCGGUAGUUCUGCCAGACAGCGCGGUUGUGAAAGUGCGAGUUCCCCCAAGUGCUCGGAGCUCCCGAGUUAUGGUGGCUGUUGACGGCAAGGACCGAAUCGAGCUCAAGCGUGGUGACUCCAUAGAGGUUGCUGUUUCACCAUAUCCGCUGCCGACCAUUUGCCGGGCUUCUGUCACGCGAGACUGGUUCAGAUCCGUCAAUGAAGCACUUCAAUGGAACCGGCGCAUGGAGCAAAAGGGCCCGAAGUAA